AUGUGUCGUCCGUAUUUCAAACCUCCCAUGCUGUCCAUGCUGCAGAGAGCACCAGGCGGCCAAUCGUCAGGUUCCAGUAACGGGGGCUUCACUGGAACGAGCGGGCUGUCGAUUCAGUCCGGUGGUGCACCACCAUCCACCCAAUCCGGCUUCCCGUUCUCACAGCCGCAGUCCGUCGGCCUCUCAGGAUCAGGAGGCCAGGCAUCCGUUGCAGCGCGGGAGCUGAUUGUCAAUGUCCAACCGCUCGUCUUCAUUCUCACCCUGUUCAGCCUCUGGCGCAUUGACUCACUCCUCUCUCGUCCUGCCCUCCCCUACGUGCUCUCUUUUCCCUGCUCUGUGUUCCCUGCUCUCUGUGUCCUGCUCUCUCCUUCCUGUUCUCUGUUGUUUGCCCGCCAAUGUACAGUCAUGUUUCUCCUUAUGCUGCUCAGCUUCCCUCAGGCUUCAGAGUUUCUGCUGUGGGUGUUCAUCGGAGCGUUUGUAGCAGCCAUGCUGCGAGGCCUUUCCCUCUACCGCCAUCUAGCCAACCAAGCGAGAGCCCAGCGUGCCUUUGCCCGCCUCCUCGGCCUCCCCCCUUCCUCCACCUCCUUCCUCCUCUCCAAUCCAUCUGCACUCGCCUCCCCUUUCCCCCCCUUUGGGCCGCCGUUCUCGAGUCUUCCCUUCCAGCCUGCAAGGGGUGCAGCAGUCCCACUCUCCGACCUCCCCUCCUUCCCCUCUCUCUCCCCUUUCCCCGCCUUUCCCUCGUCCCUCUCCCCUUCCAUCACCCCGUCCUCCUCGUCCGGAAAUCUUAGCCAAUCCACGUCAGCAGCGGCCAGAUCAGCAUCGGCUUUAGCUGGAGCUGAGUCAGCACGAGAUGGAGCAGCAGCAUCUGCUUCCGCUGCCCAACGUAUGCACGUGCAGCAGCCACAGGCACAGGCACUAUCAGAGCUCGGUGGGGAGUGGUUUGGAGUGGGGGAGAGGGGUGGAAGAAUGGAGGACGGGUCGUUGCUUGCUGCAAGAAUAGGCUCUUUGCUGGCGCUCAUGCACAGGGAGCUGCAGGCAUCAGACUAUGAUCUGCUGCGUGCACUGGAUGCGGACAACACUCCAUCUGUCCCUGCCCUGAGCGAUGUCGAGAUUGCUCGCUUGCCUGCUUUCCCAUACAAGCCAAAGAGGUAUGUGGUUUGCUCACUGCCUGAUCAAUGA